CUAGCUUUACAGUAGCGGUAUUCGCCAUUUUAAGAGUUUGGAGAAAGAAAAAUUUUGACCAAACAGCCGAUCUUGAUAUGACUGGGUUACCGAGAAGAAUUAUAAAGGAAACACAACGGUUGCUACAAGAACCAGUACCGGGAAUUCAGGCAAUGCCAGAUGAAAGUAAUGCCAGAUAUUUCCAUGUAAUAGUAGCUGGUCCUGCAGAGUCUCCAUAUGAAGGAGGAACAUUUAAAUUAGAACUUUUUUUACCAGAAGAAUACCCAAUGUCUGCACCUAAAGUCCGCUUUAUGACAAAAAUUUAUCAUCCUAAUAUUGAUAAAUUGGGUAGAAUAUGUUUAGAUAUUUUAAAAGAUAAAUGGAGUCCAGCCCUACAAAUAAGAACAGUCCUCCUUUCUAUCCAGGCUUUACUUAGUGCCCCUAAUCCAGACGACCCUCUAGCUAAUGAUGUAGCCGAGCAGUGGAAAGUUAACGAAUCACAAGCAAUACAAACAGCUAAAGCAUGGACAAAACUUUAUGCUUCUCUAGAUCGAGAAUGACAACACUGUUUAGAGACUGAAAUUAACACAUAAUCAACAAAACAUGUAAACAUCAUCAAACAAAGACAACAUGGAUGUUGAUUUUCCUUGGUUUCCAUAGUAACAGCUUUACUUUACAAGUGCUGUUAAGUGAUAUUUUCCCCCUGUUUCUGCAUUAAGUGUACAAGUUUUGAAUGGAUGUUGACUUCAAUGCAUAAUGCACAUCACUGUUCUCAGUAUUAUUUCCUUGCAAGAUAUUUCAAAUUCAGAAAGAGUUAAAGAGUUAAUCUUAUAUAAAUAGUAUGUUACAUGUACAUGUACCUUUGUUAAGUUCCUUAAAAGAAAAUUACAAAUUGCUUUUCUUAUAUGAAGGGUGCAAUUAAGUUUUGACUGAUAUAGUAUUGUGAUACAUUUGAUUUUGCAUCAGUUUAGUUUUGAAUUUUUCUAGUUGAGGAGAAUUAUAAACUCAUGUAAGGAAAAAAAAAUAGAGAGAUAAUUUAAUGCCUCAUUAUGUAGUACAAUGGAUGAGCUAGGCAUUAAGGGUUAAGGAUUUUUAAAAAAUCGUUCAUUUCACAUUCUCUGACAUAACUUAAUUUAAGUAAUUUAAAAUCUAAUUAUGUCAAUUAACAAUUUUUUGCCAAUUCUGAAUGAUAAAGUAAUUUUGCUUUGUGUAUUUCUAGCUUUUAUGUUUAUAUUUCUUUUCUUUGUAAUUAUUAUUACUUCUAUUAUUAUUUUGAAUGUGUCAACCAAUAAAUCAAAGUAAGGUCUACAAGUGCUUAUAUUCUGAUAACUAUAGAUAGUGCUAUGUUAAAUGUCUCAUCAGUGACUGUAGAAAACACCCUCUCUUUAAGUUAAGUAUAGUUUAGAGAGUGUUAGAAAAUAUGUAUUUUGAAAAAGAAUUAAAAAAAAAAACAAAUAGUUGAAAUCUAUUGUACAACUAGAGAGCAAGGAUUUUGUUAUGAGCAGACCAGGUAUCUACUUCUCACCUGCUGGUAUGUAGGCCAAGAUUAAAAUGAUUGUUUAAGAGGAUCUGUAACUUAUUGAAUGUAAACUCAUGUGUCAUUACAAUUUUAAUAAACUUUCAUUUGUAAA